AGACCUGAAACCCAGGUGUGAUCCCAGGCACAGGGGGGGGCCGGUCCAAUGGCCACCGCAAGUGAUGACCCCCACCUGGGCGCAGGCCCAUCCGAGGACUCAGAGAUCCUCCAGGAUGAUUCUGACUCAGGGAGUGUGCUCUCUGAUGACUCUGUGCUUCCUGACUAUGAAAAGGAUGAUAAUGAUAAAGAUCCAGCUAAAACACUGUACGAGGCCUGUGCCAAGAAUGAGCCCGCAUCCCUGCGCAGGAUCCUGGAGAGAGGAGUCACCAAAGAAGAGGCCAUGGAGCUGGACAUCAAUGGCAAGAAUGGACUGAUGCUGGCUGUGGGUAAGGGUUUCGUAGACAUUGUCACCAUGCUGCAUGUAUGUCCAUUAAUAGACAUCAACCACCAAGACAAUGAUGGCAACACUGCCGUCAUGAUUGCUGCCCAGGCAGGCUUCCUCACCAUUCUCAACUAUAUCCUUAACUACUACUCUGGUGUGGACACUGAGGUCAGGGAUCCCCGUGGCUUCACUGCCCUCAUCAAGGCAGGCCUGCAGGGCAGAGAAGAGUGUGUGUCUGCCCUGCUAAUGCAUGGUGCUGAUAUGAAUGCAAUGGACCUGGUCCAAGGGAGAGGCCUGAAGGAUUGGGUCCUUAGGACAGGAAGUUUUGAAACUCUGAGGAGACUACGCCGCCUGCAGGCUCGUCCUAUCGCUCAGCAGUUCUGUGAAAGCUAUGUUCCUGAGUGGCCUGAGCUGGAGCAACUGGUGGCAAAGGCCACAGCCGACAAAACAGCCAGUCAGAAGCUGAGGCAGCGCUUAAAAGACACCCUUACUUUCAGCUUUCCUCAGGACCCCCAAGACAAUGGGGUCAUGGACCAUAUGGUGCGGAUGACCACAGGCAUCCACAGCCCCCUGAUAGCCACUGGCUGCCGUCCACUCUGUCCCACCAGCCCCCCAGAGAUUGGCAAGCGACGGUUUGCCGUUCCUGAGCUGCUUGAAAAGCACAGCAGCAAGGAGCUGGAGGAGAGCACAGUCUCCCACAGUAAUGGCUCCAUCACCUCAGCUUCUCCCAGUAUUGUCUCAGCCACCUCCGUAUCUCUGACCUCCUGCUGCCAGGACUCAGCGCGCAGGGAAAGCUUGGUGUCGGGUGGCGUAAGAAGCUUCAUUCCCCGAGGCAUGGCACACAGGAACAGCAUAUUCCCCUCAGGCUGUAUCCCUAAGAUUGAAGUGACAAAAUCUGGGGAACCCACUCCAAAGAAAGAGAAAAAGAAGAAAAGGCAGAAGGGCUACCUGGAGCCCCCCAUCUGGAAGUACAAGGAAGCCAGGGAGGAGAAAAAGAAAGAGAAGAAGCGACAGGAAAAUGAAAAAGAGAAUGAGAAAAAAUCUAAGGGGUCAAAACGUUCUUCAAAAUAA